AAGAGAAAGCACGGAAAGAAUCCCCGAUCUCCCCCAUUUUUGACCUCAUCAUCAAAUAAAACUCGAGAAAAAAAAAACCCUAGUCCUCACGGCUCUUUCCCCACGUAGAAAUCGUGAGAAAAUAGUGGCAAUUUUUCUCAUUUUCUUUUUACAUGUGCCUUACCUUGUCACAUUGAUGGCUCCGCUGUCCUCCACAACCACACUCCCAAACCAAAAGAGAACCUCAAGAUCUUCAAUGACCCAUUAACCCCAACAAUCUCAAACCCCAGACCCAGAGUUUAGCCACACCCUCUUCCCAAAAUCCUUCCUUUUUGCUAUGCCCCAACACCACCUCACACUUGCCAUUUUCAUCCCCAUUGCUACCACCUCCACUAUUAAUUACUACUGCCACUGUUACAAUUAAUGGGUGUUGAGAAAAAAUGGCUCUUCACCCUCUUCACUGCAGCAUUCCUCUCCCUCAUCAUUCUCAUGCUCUCUUCCUUCUCUUGCUUCACCUCCCCUAUGCCCUUUCCCUCUGUCGUCCACCAUGGUCCUCACUACCCUCCUGCUUUUGCCUACUUCAUAUCCGGUGGCAGCAGGGACAGUGACCGGAUCUUCCGGUUGCUGCUGGCGACCUACCACCCCAGGAACCGCUACCUGCUCCACCUUGGAAAGGAUGCCAGGGACGAGGAGAGGCAGAGGCUGGCUGCAUCCGUCAUGUCGGUGCCGGCGAUUCGCGCCUUCCGGAACGUGGAUGUGGUGGGGAAGGCUGACUAUGUCACCUACUUGGGCUCAUCCAAUGUGGCUGUCACUCUCAGGGCUGCUUCUGUUAUGAUGAAGCUGGAUGGGGGGUGGGACUGGUUUCUCACUUUGAGUGCAAGUGAUUACCCCCUUCUCACCCAGGAUGAUUUGUCCCACGUUUUCUCUUCUGUUCAGAGGGACCUCAAUUUCAUUGACCACACAAGCGACCUUGGAUGGAAAGAAAAGGACAGAUUCCAGCCUAUUGUAGUUGACCCAGGACUAUAUUUAGCGAGGAGAAGUCAAAUUUUUCAAGCUACACAGAAACGGGAGACACCUGAUGCAUUCAACCUUUUCACAGGUUCACCAUGGGUCAUCUUGAGCCGGUCCUUCCUAAAGUUUUGCAUCUUUGGCUGGGAUAAUUUACCUCGAACACUCCUGAUGUAUUUUACAAACGUGAAAUUAUCCCAAGAAGGUUACUUUCACUCAGUCAUUUGUAAUGCACCAGAGUUCAAGAACACAACAGUAAAUAGUGACUUACGGUAUAUGAUCUGGGACAAUCCUCCAAAGAUGGAGCCACUCUUCCUUAAUGUAUCUGUUUAUGAUCAGAUGGUGGAAAGUGGUGCUGCUUUUGCUAGACAGUUUGAAGUAGGUGACCCGGUUUUGGACAUGAUUGAUAAAAAGAUCCUAAAGCGUGGGCGUAAUCGAGCUGUGCCUGGAGCAUGGUGCUCGGGCCGGAGGAGCUGGUGGUUGGAUCCAUGCUCACAAUGGGGUGAUGUCAAUAUUCUGAAGUCAGGUCCUCAGGCUAAGAAGCUCGAGGAGUCUGUUUCAAGCCUUCUUGAUGAUUGGAGCUCGCACACGAAUCAGUGUCUUACUCCCAGCGAAGAGACACAAGACUAGAAACAUUUAAGGAAAGGGAUGCAUUGUUGUGCAUCCUGAUUCAUGGACAAGUUAAAAGUUGCUAUUAACUGAAAGCACAUUCUUUGGUCACCAAUGUAAUUCAAUUUUUGGGAGGUGGUUGACUAGACUCUUGUUGUGGCGGUCGUUGCGAGCCUUUCAGGCAAGAUCAAGUGGGGAAGGGAGUGUACUGGAGAUUUGGGGGCUCUAUUUCUGGUGGAUCCUCUAAUGUCUUCAACCCAUUUGAUUGAUAAUGUGAGCAUGUUCCCCCUGCUUCCAAUAUUAUCAUGUUGUAUGAUGUACUGUAUGUUUCUUCACUCCCAUAGGGAUUUUAGACUAUUAGAGCAGAAAGUUCAUUCUUUAAAGAUAUGAUUGUCAUUUUCCACUCUCA